AUGCAGCCGCGUAAAGUUCGUAAUAACGACUCCAGUUCGGAAGAUGAACCUGUGUCGGUGACAGAGACACCUGUGGCUCCGGUGCUUAUGUCUCAAACUCAGUUAGCGUCGCUCCUGGCCGCCUUCUCUUCGGCGCAGGCCGAGGCGAACCAGAAGCUCGUCGAGUCACUACUGACAUCGCACUCAGGGACGCCGCCCAGUGUGAACUCCGUCGCUACACCGUCAUCUUAUUCUGGGAAUCUCGUCAAAUGCACCUCGCGCUUCGAUGGUUCGUCGGAGUAUCCGGAGGCGGUCGAAGCAUUCAUAGACGCUGUCGAGAUGUUUAUGGAUUGCGCUUCGGUCAGCGAUGAGAUGGCACUUCGUGGACUCCCCAUGUUAUUAAAUGGGCAAGCAGCAGUUUGGUGGCGUGGCAUCCGUCAUGAAGUCACGUCAUGGUCAGAGGCAGUCAAGCGCCUGCGUUCGAUGUAUGGCAUACCACGGCCACCGUACAAACUGUACAGAGAUGUUUUCGCUGCUGAGCAAGGGUUGGAACGCGCCGACGUUUUUAUCGUAAGAGUACGAUCUCUGUUGGCGAAACUGCCUUAUCAGUUACCAGAGGAAGCGAGACUGGAUAUGAUUUAUGGUCUACUUCACAAGAGAAUCAGGAAGCGGUUACCAAGAGACGCUGUGAGUGAUAUUGAAUCACUGAUAGAAAAAUCUCGCAGCAUAGAAGAAUCGUUGUCGGAGAACUCCACGUCACCGUCGUCGUCGUGUUUACCUACGAAGGCUCCCCUCGCGCUCAGCGAGAGCGCGCAGCAACACGUCGCUCCGGGAUCGAGUUCGACGCCGUCGCCGUCGCCGUCGCCGCCGGUUCGCACUGCCCGCGCCCCGCGAGCGAACUCGCCGCGUAGUGAUCAGUGUGUGAGCAAAAGUGAUAACAGUGAUAAGAAGUUGUUCUGCGUGUAUUGUAAGGGACGAGGACACGUACGGGACUCAUGUGAUAAGCUAAGUAAACGUUCUCUUUCUACUAACUCUGGCACUGUUUGCUAUAAUUGUGGUGAAAAAGGCCACGUUAGAGUUAAUUGUCCUAAAGGUAAACAAGGUAGUGCCGGAGAUAGUAACACAAAUGUUAAGAUAGAAAAUGUGUUUUCUUCAGUGUAUAUAGAUAGUAAGAAGUCAUGUUCGGAUUUUGUUAACGAUAAUAAUAAGCAGGGUCGGCCUAUCGUGCGCGUGUGUGUGGGGGGAUAUCAGGGUACCGCGUUGUUAGAUACCGCCGCGCGUCGUAGUAUUGCGAGUUAUUCACUUUAUUCCUUACUGAAACGUAUUGGUUCAGACUUUCGCGCCGAAACGAUGUCGUUGAAGCUUGCGGACGGUAUUGUUAGGAAUAGUGAUGUGCUACUGACGAUAUGCGCUUCAGUGAAUGUACUGAGGACGGAUGAGGGCGCUAUGUUAUCGGGGUCGGAAAGGUCGACGUUGGAGAAUCUUUUAGGUGAGUACUCCGAUACUUUUGAUAUAGUAGGAGAACCUACACCAUUUGCGGAACACCACAUAGAUACCGGCGACCAUCCGCCUAUUGCUUUACCCCCGUAUCGCCUUACACCUGCCAAGAAGGAGAUCAUGCGCGCCGAGUUAGACAAGAUGUUAGCUGAGGACGUGAUCGAGGAGUGUGAAUCCGCCUGGGCGGCGCCGUGCGUCUUAAGGCUCAUAGACCGUUUCAGAUCAGGGUCUACACUUAGUGGUAGGACUAUUUUGGGUUAUUUGGAUGACCUGCUGGUCAUUUCGGAGGACCUGGAGUCCCAUAUAGCAGAUUUGCGUGCGGUAUUCGAGCGUCUCCGUAUGUACAAGCUCCGAGCAAACCGAGAGAAGUGUGUGUUUGCCAGAGACCGGCUCAAGUACCUUGGCCACGUGAUCUCUCAUGAUGGUAUAUCUCCAGACGAAGAGAAGGUAAGUGCUAUUUUAGAGAUGAAGGAACCGACAACUCUCCAGCAACUUCGCACCUUCCUCCAAACUUGCUCUUGGUUCCGCAAGUUUAUCCCAGAGUUUGCCAAGGUGGCUGAACCUCUUACGCGUCUAACAAAAAAGUCACAGACCUGGAAAUGGGGUAAGGACCAAACUAGCGCUUUUAUACAGCUCAAGACUCUUUUAGCUUCACCCCCCAUUCUGACCCAGCCGGACUACUCAAGACCUUUCAUCCUUAGAACGGACUCCAGCGAUUUCGCUUUAGGUGCAGCCUUACUCCAGGGGGAGUCACCACAAGAUGAACAUCCUAUCGAGUACGCUAGUCGUCUCCUUACGCCGGCAGAACGGAACUACUCCACCACUGAGAGGGAGGCGUUGGCCGUUGUCUGGGCAGUGGAGAGAUUCCGUGGCUACGUCGAUGGUCAUCAGGAUGGUCCGUAUGUAGUCUCCAGGAAGGUGAGUCCCACUACAUUUGCUCUUACCUCACAGAAGACUGGUGAAGUUGUUGGCAAUUAUCACAUGUCGGAUCUGCGUAGAUACCAUGACAGAGGUGGUGAGUGUCCGGAGCCUGUUGUUCCGAAGCGCCGCAGAGGUCGCCCGCGGAAAGUCCAACCGUAG